UCAAAGAUUCAAAAAAAAAUUCACUCCUCCGAAGGACUGUUUGUUUAAAGGGAAAAAGGAAAAAGAAAGUUUCAAAAUAUCCAACCAACUCCAUUACUGCAUCUUUCUAAAAGCUUCUCAUCAGCUCAAUUCUCACUGUUCUUAUACACUGUGUUUUCUGGCCUGAUAAAGGUUUUGAGCUUUGGAAGUAACUCUGUACAGCCGGAGAGAUAGUUUGCUUUGGACGGAUUGAGAGUGAUUUUGGAGGAGAGAAUGAACGUCGUCGGAAGACAGAUGGCGAGAUCUAGUGCCACGGCGCACCACCAUCGGCAAUACUCCGAUAACUUCCUGGACUCCACGUUCAACGCGAAAUGGCUUCAGUCCUCGAAUUUUCCCUCUUCACAGGAUUUUGGAUACUAUGGAGGAGUUCAGGGGUCUAGAGUGAGCAGGAAGUCACCGGACCCGGAAUCGCCUCCGGUAAGUUCGAGGUCGUCUAGUUUGAGAAAGAAUGGCGACGAGCACGUUUUGCCCAGUGAGUUCAGCCCUGGGUUGCUGGAUCUGCAUUCCUUCGAUACUGAGCUAUUGCCUGAGAUGCAGGUUCCUGGCCUAUAUGAGGUAUCCUCGCUUCAUCAGCCCAAUGGUGGUAAAAGUUUUGAUGACUCUGAACCAUAUUUAUUUACCAACAAAGCAAUAGGCAGGACCCGUGGCCUGCUUGAGAACAACCUUCUUAAAAGUUUCUCAAUGGACAAAGACAGAGCCAACAACGUUGCUAAGAUCAAAGUUGUGGUACGAAAAAGACCAUUGAACAAAAAGGAGAUAGCAAAGAAAGAGGAAGACAUUAUUACUAUAGAACCAAAUUCUAAUUCCCUCACAGUUCACGAGAGAAAACUAAAGGUUGAUCUGACGGAAUAUCUUGAGAAACAUGAAUUCCUUUUUGAUGCUGUGCUAAAUGAAGAUGUUUCAAAUGAUGAAGUAUAUUCUGAAACUGUGCAGCCAUUGGUUCCACUCAUUUUCCAGCGAACAAAGGCAACCUGUUUUGCAUAUGGGCAAACAGGAAGUGGAAAAACUUAUACCAUGCAACCACUGCCCCUAAAAGCAACCCAAGAUAUUUUAAGAUUAAUGUACUGUACAUAUCACAACCAAGGUUUCAAACUGUUAGUCAGUUUCUUUGAGAUAUAUGGGGGCAAAGUCUUUGAUCUCUUAAAUGAUCGGAAAAAGCUUUGCAUGAGAGAGGAUGGGAAACAACAGGUUUGCAUUGUAGGUUUGCAAGAAUAUAGGGUAUCGGAUGUUGAGACAAUCAAAGAAUUAAUUGAGAAAGGAAAUGCUACAAGAAGCACUGGCACUACCGGUGCAAAUGAGGAAUCGUCACGAUCACAUGCUAUUCUUCAACUUGCCAUAAAGAGAUCAGCUGAUGGCAGUGAAACAAAGCCUGCCCGACUUGUAGGAAAGCUGUCUUUCAUUGAUCUUGCUGGAAGUGAGCGUGGUGCAGAUACCACUGAUAAUGACAAACAGACAAGAAUGGAAGGUGCUGAAAUUAAUAAAAGCUUACUUGCUUUAAAAGAAUGCAUCAGAGCCCUUGACAAUGACCAGGGUCAUAUUCCUUUCAGAGGAAGCAAGCUAACUGAAGUUCUUAGAGAUUCUUUUGUUGGUGACUCACGGACUGUCAUGAUAUCCUGCAUUUCACCUAGCUCAGGGUCUUGCGAGCACACUCUUAAUACCUUAAGAUAUGCUGACAGAGUGAAGAGUCUAUCAAAGGGUAACAGCUCUAAGAAGGAUCUGCUGUCUUCAUCUUCAAACCUUAGAGAUUCAGUUGCAUUGCCUUUGUCUUCAACUUUAACAACUGAUCCAACCUUUGAGGAUACCGUUAAUGAUGAUCCCUAUGAAAAGACCAGAUUUGGCUGGUCAAAACACACUGAAAGAGAAGCAUCUCCACCUUUCAAAGUGGAUCGUGGUGCUAGUGGAAGGGCAGAGGGAACUUUGGCUGCGAAUGUAUAUUCAGAUUAUUAUAAGGGUCAGAAAGGAGGUCUAAAUGGCCUUGCUGAGAAUGAUGUUAAUUAUAGUCAGGACACCAUUGACCAAGAGAAAACAUCAUUGAAGAGCAAGGUACAGAACUGUCCAAUGUCAUCUUUGGAGGAGUGGCGUAAAAGUGAAACUUUGGCAAAGUGGGUGAAUCGCCCUGCCCCAGCAUCUGAAGAUAACCAUUCUCAUUCAGAUGAUGAUCUUAAUGCUCUAUUGAAGGAGGAAGAAGAUCUUGUAUCUGCUCACAGAAGGCAAGUUGAGGAGACCAUAGAUAUUGUAAGAGAGGAGAUGAACCUAUUAGUUCAAGCUGACCAACCUGGAAAUCAGCUGGAUGACUAUAUCUCUAAACUAAAUGCCAUUCUUUCACAGAAGGCUGCAGGCAUUCUGCAACUACAAACCCAGUUGGCUCAGUUCCAAAAGCGUUUAAAUGAGUAUAACGUUUUGGUAUAAUUCAGCAACUGAUAACCUGAAGCAAUGCUGAUAAAAGCCAUGAACUAAUAUGGUAUGGUUUGUGUAUUGUCUGAUCUAGUGUCAAUUUUUGAGGGCAUUUGAUGUUGUGAGGAGUUGAAUUUCUUCUCUGGUGGUAGACAAUUGGUAAGCUGCUAAUUAUCAUCUGGGUCACAGGGUGAGCAGUUCCUUUUGCAUUGAAUGGUGAGAGCAGUAUUACGUUUCUUCAUCCAUUUUCCACUGUCAAUGUCUGCUUUUCUAUAUUGUUUGUAAAAUUUGUGUAUUGAGUUUUUAUCAAUAAUCAAAAUACCUUGUUUUGAGUAAGCAAGUUAGCCAUAAUAAGAAUUUUUAUGUUUA